AUGAAAAACUGGGACUACGGGAAGCUCGCCAUUGCCACAGCCUCCAUUCUCGGAAUCCUCACACUUGGAGCGCUUAUAUACUUACUGGUGUGGUACGUUCGACGAAGGCUCCGCGUCCGGCGGCUUCGUCGCCAGGAGAAUCAGAAGAAUGACCAAUUCAACCAGUCCACAGUGUCCCUAGCCGAAGACACAAGCCGGACGCUAGACGGCUUCCUCAUGAAGGAUAUCCAGCCCGAGCGGAAUUCAAUCAUUUUCAGCAGAAGCAGAUCUCCAUCCAUCACCAUCGUCAUUGACGACGCAGACGAUGCCGACCGCGACAAGUCUCCGCCUCAGCCUUAUCCCACAGAACAUUAUACUGCAGCUUCUUCAUCUGCAAAUACGUACACCUCGACACCGAUCUCGCCCCAAGAAUCGGAUCCUGAUGACCCGCGAUCAGAUCAGACGGAGUGGAGCAGUUCGGGACAGCGUUCUUCAAGCACAACGCCAAGGGCAUCCACCUCGUCGUCCGUUGUCCCAACGUCGCGAUCAUCCCAAAUUUGGACUACGACCUCUGCUAGCACGCCGACGGAGCAGACUCAGAUGAGCAGCUCGGGACAGCGCUCGUCAAGCUCCACGCCGAGAGCAUCCAUCCCAUCCGUCGUCCCAACAGUUGGAUCCUCCCAGGAUUGGGCUACGACUUCUGCCGCGACUGAGACGGUUUCGCUUCUUAGUCGAUCUUCGAACCAUUCGCAUAGCCCCCAAAGUCCCACUAGCCCAGUUGCCUCACGCAGACCACAGCUAUAUACACGUCGUUCAAAUGCUUCUGCCUCCAGUGCAGGUAUCUUGCAGUCCGCAUCCCGCAUGUUCAAUGAGGCGGAGGCUUCUCGGAUGGCUUACUCGAGAAAUAUCGAUUCUGUUGGAUCAAGGACUCCAACUUCCCCCGUUUCACCUGUGUUGGUGGACGUUUCAGCUGAAAACGAUCGACCCCAAUGGACCCCUGUUCCCCCAACGCCCUUUCCUCCCAGUCAGCUAUGA